AGUUCUCUCCCUUCACCACCAGAGGGCGCUGCUAGACGCCAUUUGUCAGGCGAGCGAAGGUGACCGCUGGAGCAUUCUGUCAUCGACUGUACUCCUGACUUAUCAGUUGUCCUGCUGCUGGCGCAACAAAAUCAUGAUGGGCUCAUAUCAGAUUAUCGCCUUCGUACUCCUUGUUGCCGUUGCUGUUAGGAAGGGAUUAGCUUUGGAAUGUGUUCAGUGCAACUCGUUCAGUACAAAGGAUUGUGAUUCCAACAUUGAAAAGUAUAAACUUCCAUGCACUGAGAAGUUUGCCAAUGCUACAUCAUGUAGGAAAAUGGAGCAAGAAGUUUACUAUGAUGGAGACUACCACACACGGACUAUUCGACAGUGUGCAUUGACAGAUGCCCCAGCAAGGUGCAUUGAGCGAACUGGCACCUACCGAGUCAAAAUCUUCUAUUGCCACUGCAAAGAAGACAACUGCAAUGGUGCAGGGGCUGUCUCCAUCUCCCUGGGUCUGAGUGCAUUGGCAGCUGUUGUGUCAUUCCUCUUCAAGUCAUGAUCUGACAUUUUUAUUGGCAAUUUUUUCAUUCUCCACCUUUUCUACCCAAAUAGAUCAUUUUUUUUUUCUCACCAGUUCAGUUUAUUUUUCAUGUUGUAAGAACAUUUGAGCAUAAGUGAUAAUGGUUAAAGUUGGAUUUUUAAAUUGCAUACUAGAUUUAUAACUAAAGGUAGGAUCUAUGCAAACUUUAAUUUUGCCUUGUUCUGUUCUUUCCCCAUACCCCAUUUAGAUGCUGGAAAAAAUUUGUUGGGAUCAUGUUGAUCAAAUAGUAAGUUGCUCAUUAGUGUAGUAGUGUCUUCCCCACCGUCAUAUCGCCUCAAAUAGUCCUCGCUUAACUUCACAUAAAUGAGAUGUCGCUGUGCUGAGAGAGUCAUGAUAGACAGAUAAUGUCUCCUCUGCUGUGCCAUCUUGGCAUUAGAUGUAUUUGGUGGCUGCAGCACAUUCCACAUUAUCGAAAGUAUUGAAUGCUGUGUGCAUGUGCAGUUCGCCUAAACCCACUCCUCUCAUAGUCAUUUCAAAUAGCAUUUAUGGUUCCCAGAUCUAAAUGCUACAGGGCUGCAUAUAUAUACAUUGCUGUUAAGAGCUACUUUUUUGUUUCCUUUUUAAAAUGCAUUUAAUUUUUCUGCAUAACCAGGAAGAUUUAAAGUUUUGCUAUGUGCUAGCAUACCUGUUUAUGUUGACCAUUGUCUUGUCAAUCUUGGCUGCCCCAAAUGAACAUUGUAAAUUGUUGACAAUAAGUAUUUCAAGUAUGUGUACAGAAAAUGAGUGGUUGUGGUUUUCUCACCAAGAAAACUGUGAAGUGUUUCAGUAUCAGGAUACGAAGAGUGACCAGUUUAUUUCAAUUUUUCUUGUGAGAAAUGUGUAUAUGCAUAGUUGAUGUAUGAACUGGGUGUGUUCCUUCCCUCCCACAUCUCCCAUUUUCCAGGUUUUAUGGGCAAGAAAUGUCAAUACAUGUUGAUAGCAAGUUAAGAAUGUUGCAGCUGGGAUGACUGCUUUACAAGUCUGCUUAAGCCACAGCAGGCAGUGAACUUGUCCAAUUUUAGUGGACUCCCAGAAUUGGUGUUAAUAUUACAUGGGAACAAUAUGUAUUACCUGAACACACACAAGCUUUGGCCAGUAGAAUACACUUUAACAUGCAGUGUGGUCAUGCAAACAGUACCUGCAUUCAAGUUGUAAACAUACUAGUUGCAAACUGUAUGGUUAAUAAGGUCUCAUUUAUCUUGAGCAAAAGAAAUUCUUUAGCAAUAGUGUCAUGCAUGCAGUUGGAAAGGUAUGUGAAAAGUCUGUAUUUUCGAAUCUGUAUCUGUUUGUAUAGUCAGAAUUAAAAAAAUUUUUAAUGAAAUCUUUUUCAGAUGUAGUUUAUUAAAAUGCUUGGCCAUUAAUGUACAAAAUUAGUGAUGGCAUUUUUGGGGAAAAGUCUUUGUAAAAGUUGUCUUUGUGAAUUUAUUCCCUUUUUAUGCACAUCUAGUAGAAAAUUAAAAAAAUCAGACUUAACAUUUCUUCAGAACUUUUGUUUUGUGCAGUACUCACAUUGUCAAUAUAUUUAUCACUUUUGUUUAUUUGUUAAGUAGGCAAACCGAAAAAUACUUAUAUGCCAUGACUCUCUUGUUUACCCACAAACUACUUCCAUAUCUUAAUGUGCUACCCUUCACAUAAUCCGUAAGAGUGCCCCAAGAAAUGAGUUAAAAGAUUUACAAAUAAAAUGCGGAGAAGACAAGCUAUG